AUGACUUCAAUAAAUGGGUGGGUUGCGCCAUUGGUUGAAGACUUUCUUUCCCGUUACAUCAAGGGGCAGGCCGACAGCUCGGAAUUUGAUGACGAUGGCAGUAAUCUUCGUUUUGCCCGUCGCUCUCCACAGUACACUAUAGUUCUCAAUUGGGAAGAAAGCGAAGGGAAAUAUGUGACAACUUUAACCGACUCCAAAACUCAGAUCGAAGCAGUGCUAGCAAAAGAGUCUUUGGAGGGACUCGAAAGGGAGGCCCGCGAGCGCCCAGUAAACAGAGACGUGACUCUAAACCAUUACGUCCAGCUACUGGACUAUGAGAUAGUGCUCGAAUAUGCCAUAUCUACCCCGAAAAUUCAUUUAUACGUUAGGAAUCUUAGUAUUGCGUGGGACAAGGGCAAGUACAAAGGCGCGCCACAAGGCAAAUCAAUUAAGAAGAGUGCAAGUAUACGAAGCUUGAUGAAGAAAGUUUUCGAAACCAUCAAGUCUCGGGAGAGCCGCCGUGCUGCGACUUCACCAAAGGCGUAUUCCUUGGAUGACUCUCCAAAGUCUCAAACUCACGACGUCUCUGAAAAGCAUGUCUCGCAACAGUUUCUACAGUCCCAGGUCCAGACAUCCUUCGUGGGUUUGGGAGUACCAUCUAUGAUGCCCCCAACACAAACUAAGCGCAGCUCAGCGGUUUCAAAUGCGCUACUUGGAUACUUGGAAUCUCAUACCAAGCCGGCCGACAGUAAUUUUCCAGAAAAUACAGAGCAUGGAACGGUUGCCAUUCCAGUCAGCGAUGAAUCUGCUGACAGAACUGAGGUACGGGGAAGCAGCCCACAUGCUGCUAAAAGCGCCAGUGAUAUUCCUCGGCAAGGAGCUCAAGGAUCUGCGUCAGACUCUCGUCCUGGACUGAUACGUCCUGUUCAGCACAAUGGUCAUACAGCCCCCCAGCAGCGAUACGAUGCAGAUUAUGAGUUGCCAAACCCGAAAACUGAUGGGGGAAUGGCGGGCAAGGCAGGUAUACAACAAGGGCAGGACUACGAGAAUCCCAAUUCGCCACGGUCAUCACCAAAGCAAAAGCCACCUGAAAUGAAGCAUCCAUCUGAGAAUUCAAGCUCUAGCCACACAGACCCCUGGCAUGGUAUGACUGGUAUCAGAACUAGGGACAUUAGGAUACCCAAAAACCAAGUCACACUGCUUGAACAGCACACUCGUCAAUGGGUGCCGCCCGAUUAUGGGGAUUCCAUCAAAGGACAUGUACCACCUGAACUUUUAACCCAGUGGAAUCAAAUUGCGCUACAGAGGAGUCGUUUAAGUGAACGGGACGGACUAGGGGGCUUUGAGUCUGAGCGGGCUGAGUCUCGUGCGCUUUCACCAAAUAUCAACUAUCCCACAGCUCAAACGAAUGCAGAAUCCGACGAUGAACCCGUAACUUCGGACUGGUCUGAAAGCUCUCCUGAACGUGUUUCCCGUCCUCGACAACUACCGGCAGACAGUAGCCCUGUGACGGGGGCGAUGAUGAAACGCAACGGCGUACGUAUCACAAAACUAGGCAACGCACCAGAAGAGAAGCAAGCAAAGGAAGUCGAUUCGACAUCAGUGCGCGAAACUCAGCAAGACAGCCGAGCUAUUUCCGCAGUUCAAGAGAGCAAUGAUCUACCCAUGGAGAAUUCGCCGUUUGAAAAGAAUGCAAACGAGGAGCAUAUCUCUGAACCUGUGCACAACAAUACCAGAGCUGCUGGACACGAUCUCCAAGAGGAAUCCGAUGCAGAAAGCGAGGAUUCAGUCAUGGAUACGUCUGUUCCCUGCCCACUUGUUGGGUCACAACAAUCGAAUUUUACCAACCAGUCGGAGCAAGGGAUCAUUAGUUCUGGGUCUUCACUUCCCGCACGCGGGCAUGUGCAAGUUCUGGAAACACCUUUAGCUAAUCUCAAACACCUACGUUCUGCGAGGCUGGACAAGGAUAAGGCUAGUCUGGAAUCACACCACACACAACAGUCAUCAUCCCAGGCGGCCAAAUCGUCGUCUCAAUCACGCAUCUUUAAUACAUACGCAACUGACAACGACGAUAUAGAAGGCACCCAGACUACAAAAGUCUCAAGGGCCAGUGAAGCUGGUGAGACGAAUGAUAUUGAAGUUUUCGGGACACAGAUGAGUACAGGUGACUGGUUGAUGCCAGAUGCAACUCCUAACUCACACGUUGCCCUUGUCUUCGACUCUUCUGCCCCUAAACAGCAUGACUCAAAUGCUCCUAUACCUAUGUCUACACUUGAAUCUCAGGAUUCCUCGAAGCCAUUUUCAUCUCACGAUGAAGUGCUCUCAUCAAUGGAGCUCGAGGAGAAAGGACAGGAGUUAGUGCCAAGCCAGGGGUUGGCACAUGACACGCCUGAGCAUGGCGGAAGAUCACCUUUAAAGCGUCCUGCAUCUACCGCUGGGGUGGAAGAGCGACCUGCUUCAAAGCGACAUAAAUUUGCAUACAACGAGAAUACAGAUGCAGGCAUCGUAGGGGAAACCAGAUCAGCUUCUGGUGUCGUUUCUCGUCGCCAGGAUUAUAUUCGUCACUCUGCAGAACACUUGGAGGCGCAAAGGAUACAUGAGAAGUUUCGAAAUGAUUAUCCAAGCUAUGUCGGAGACUUUCUACACUUCAGAAAACUGUGUGCAAUAUUGCAAGCCGUACGAGACAAAGGAAGUUUACAGCGGUCUUUCUUGUGGGACGAUUUCGUUAUCAAGCACUUGGAGGAAUAUCCACAUUACUUGGAGCAAUGUCUUUCUUUGGAGACGAAAUCGCUGGGGUAUGAAGAAUAUUUCACAUCACACUUUUCCAAACCAACGCAUAAGAAACGAAGUCUUACCGCAGAAGGGAUCAAAGUGGCCGCAGCACAGAAUAUCACUCCAAGCGUAUCUGACACGGUGGCGAGUCCAUUACGUCUUCGAAAUGGAGCAGAUAUUUCGUUUACUGCCAGCCUUGUGGAUAAGUUUUCCAACUUUCACGCGCACUCCUUUGGACCAGCAGCCCAGAGUGCCCAAUCUGACACGGAUGUCGAUAGAAUGUCAUUCACUACGCCGUCGCCUACUCAACAUACGAAGAACAAUGUGGGUGCCCCUGGCGAUGGUCAUCAUACAGAGAUCGAAAAACACACAGAAGAGACCACCGAACGCCCGGAAGCCGAAAUGCAGCAACCAGAGGUAGAGGAACAGCACUCAGAAGCCGUAGAACCGGCCUCGGAAGUUGAUGAACAGCUACGCUCAGAGAUGACUACUCAGCUCAGCACAUUGAGAAACCUAGAUGGUAACGAGUCCGUCAUCGCAGAAAGCGAAAUCAAUAGCGAAGAAGACGACGGUGUUGUAGAUGAAACGCACGAGACAGCCAGCAUUGAGCUGGGGGAUGAAGAGCCCUCCACAGCUCUCGAGGCGCCCCUUUCAAGCAAUGAAUCAGAAGCAGCCAGUGAAGCGGAGAGUCCCAACGAGAACUGGUUUCUCUCUCUCCGACAUCUCUUCCCAACAGAACCCAGCUGGUGCGACGGUCCUGAGACGCCCUUCAAAAAAUGGGCUCGGGCAGACCAGAAUGUUUUCUCUCAACGCAAGUUCCGUCGCAACUGGGCACACAUCCCUGUAGAUGAAAAGGGAGUACCUCAGCGGCCGUUUUAUUCUAAACCUCCUGAAUAA